GUUAGGGACGGGCAGAGUGUCGACCAGAACAGGCAGGCGGAUGGCUGGUGUGUGAGUGCGUCGAGUCAUGCCAUCAGGCUCUUGUACUGUGUACUGGUUACCGAAGUUAUCGUCAUCUCCACCGCCGACACCGGCUUGUGCACCGUCCUCAGCUCGCUGGUGGUGGCACCCAGCAUCGUGUUAUUACUGCUUCUGCCCGCAUGUCGUUGGCUUCUGGACUCUUUACCCGCCCGCCACACUCUUACACCUCCACCUCUUCACUGCGAACAUGGAGACCAGGUACAAGAGUCGUGGUGUGAGCAGCCAGUGCCCACGGGCGUCUCGUUACGCCUCAUCUGCCUCUGCAUCUGCUCCAGCUACAGCUGCAUCCAGCCUGGAGCUGAGGGAGUUGCGUCGUCACAAUUACAAGGCUGCCGUCCUGCCCAACAAGUCGGCCUCAUACCUAGAACACCGGCGCACCCGCAGCAGCCGGGGCAUGAACAUGGGGCAGAAGAUAUCAGGAGGUGUAAAGACUGUGAAUCGUGAGAGUCCUCAGCCCUACAAGCCCGUAAUCCCUCGUGAGCUGGCCCAAGAGUUCACUCGUCCAGCUCGCUUGGAUGCACUAUUGGACAUGCCACCUGCAAGUCGCGACUGUCAGAUGAAGCAUGCCUGGAAUGCAGAAGAUCGCUCAUUAAACAUCUUCGUUAAGGACGAUGACAAGCUGACAUUCCACAGACACCCUGUUGCCCAAAGCACUGAUUGCAUACGAGGAAAGGUGGGGCUCACAAAAGGACUGCAUGUGUGGGAGGUGCAUUGGUCUACCCGGCAGCGGGGGACACACGCAGUAGUAGGUGUUGCAACACAGGAUGCUCCACUACAUUCAGUAGGGUACCAGAGCCUAGUUGGCAGCAAUGACCAGUCAUGGGGUUGGGACCUUGGCCGAAAUAAACUGUAUCAUGAUUCAAAGCAUAGUGCUGGUGUCACAUACCCAAUGUCGCUCAAAGCAGAUCAGACGUUUAUUGUCCCUGACAAAUUUUUAGUUGUGUUGGAUAUGGAUGAUGGCACUUUGUCAUUUGUUGUUGAUGGCCAGUAUCUAGGUGUUGCAUUCCGUGGGCUUAAAGGCCGGAAAUUAUACCCUAUUGUAAGUGCAGUUUGGGGUCACUGUGAAAUCACCAUGAAAUAUAUUGGAGGAUUGGAUCCUGAGCCCCUCCCACUGAUGGACUUGUGCAGGCGGGUGAUACGGCAACACAUAGGCAAGCACCAGUUGGAGGAACGCAUCACAGACCUGAACCUGCCUCAUGCCAUGAAGGUUUACCUCCUGUAUCGUGACCGCAGAUAACAAACUCACAGUCUAGUGUCUGGCGAGGAGUUGCUUGCCACCGAGUGACAACAAACGCUCAACACUUUCUACUAGCAUCUCAGAUUUGUGUAAAACUUGUCUUGCCAAGAAUCCCAUCAAAAUUGAAAACAGUGGGGGAUGGUGAACCAAUUUUGUGGACUGCCAAGCAAUUUGUUAUAAAUCCCUCACUCAUUCCGUGUCAUUGCUUUGGCAGGUGCAGAGUUCGUUUUUAUACAUUUGCAAAUUGAUUGCCACAAGUACCCCCUCCUUCCCCCUAACUGCAUUAAUGGCAAUUCUUAGAACUGUACUGACUAAGUGGGGUUAUUCUUUGCAGAAGAUGAUGUGCUUUUGAUGGUUAUGGAUCUGAGUAAAUGUGCAAAGAUUUAAACAUUUAAUUUUGGUGGCAUUUUCUUACUGUAUGUCGAGUAUGCACAUAACUUAACCAGUGCCCGGUCCAAAUCUUGUAGAACAGUGAAGUACUUCUAGUGCAUGUGUGUGAAUGAGUUUGUGUACAACAAGAAAACAGACAUAUAAUAAAAGUGUUAGCAGAUUAAGAUCAAAAUAUGAUUGAACCCUUCAGUUAAUAUUUAUAAUUGUUUGAAACUUAGAUACCCUAGAAGUUUCAUUGAAACCUAUUUGUGGCUUCCACCAGAGGGACGGAAGAUGAAGUGCCGGAGGAUCAAGACAAGGAUGGAUGUGUUUCUGCUCCAUGUGUCAUUUUUAGGACACAUUCUUUGUCACAUUACAAAAAUUUAUGUUGCUUAACACAAGUCUCUUUCAGCUGUUUAUGUGAUGGGCAAUGUAUAUUUGAUCUGUUCCAUUCCUUUACUGAAAGAAAA